AUGACUAUUAAAGUUGGUAUCAAUGGUUUCGGUCGUAUUGGCCGCCUCGUUCUUCGUGCUGCUUUGAAAAAUAAAGAAGUCGAAGUUAUUGCAGUGAACGACCCUUUUCUGAACCUCGAUUAUAUGGUUUACUUGUUCAAAUACGACUCUACUCAUGGCCGAUAUCCCGGUGAAGUUAGCGCUGACAAAAACGAGAAUAAGUUGAUUAUUGACGGUCACGCAAUGUCUGUCCAUGCCCAAAUGGAACCAGAAAAUAUUCCUUGGAAACAAGAAGGAGUUGAAUAUGUCAUAGACUCGACAGGUGUUAACCUUACACAAAAGGCUGGUAAAAGACAUCUUGAGAGUAAGAAUGGUGCUAAAAAGGUUAUUUUGACCGCACCUCCUAAGGAUGAUGAAACAAAGAUGUUUGUUUGUGGUGUAAAUUUGGAUGCUUAUAAGCCUGAAGACAAGGUUAUAUCCAAUGCUUCGUGCACGACUAACUGUUUGGCCCCGCUUGCUAAAGCAAUUCAUGAUAAAUACGGUAUUAUUGAAGGAUUGAUGACUACAGUUCACUCUAUCACUGCAACUCAAAAGACCGUGGAUGGUUUCGGCGGUGCAAAGGAUAUGCGAGGUGGCAGAGGUGCAGGUCAAAAUAUUAUUCCUAGCACUACAGGCGCCGCUGCUGCUGUCGGAAAAGUCAUUCCCUCCUUGAACGGAAAACUCACUGGUAUGGCUUUCCGAGUACCUACAGCUGAUGUUUCCGUUGUGGAUUUGACAGUUCGAUUGGAAAAACCGGCAGCCAGUUACAAUGAGAUCAAAGCUCAUAUCAAAGAACUUUCUCAAACACCUCAAUACAAGGGAAUCAUUGGCUACACUGAAGAUAUGGUUGUCUCCUCUGACUUUAUUGGUGAUACUCAUUCAUCCAUUUUCGAUGCUGCUGCGGGUAUUGCAUUGAACCCAAAUUUUGUUAAACUUGUUGCUUGGUAUGAUAAUGAAUAUGGCUACUCAAACCGAGUUGUCGACUUGUUGGUCCAUGUCGCAAAAGUUGAUGCAGAAGCAGCUAAAUAA